AUGAUAUAUUGUAAACUGACUGAUACUUCUAUUGUGGUGAAUCAUGGGCUUCAAAUAACUGAGGGAGCAAAACCAGCUAACAAAGAACAAUACCAGAGGUUAGUUGGGAAGCUCAUCUAUUUAUUACAUACUAGGCCAGACAUUGGUUAUGCCGUUGGAGUCAUAAGUCAGUUUAUGCAUAAGCCUCAAGAAGAUCAUAUGAUUGUUGCUUUCCGCAUUAAAAGAUACUUGAAAGGAACUAUUGGAAGAGGGGUUCUGUUCAAAAGAGGUAAUGAUCUGGAAAUAGAGGCCCACACUGAUGCAGAUUGGGUAGGAAACCCUAAUGAUAGAAAAUCAACAUCUGGCUACUUCAGUUUAGUUGGAGGGAAUAUAAUUACUUGGAGGAGUAAAAAGCAAAAGGUGAUAGCUCUUUCAAGUGCUGAAGCAGAAUUCCGAGAUAGUUCCUUGGGAAUAUGUGAGGUUCUAUGGAUCAGGAAACUCCUGAUCAAACUAAUAUUUAAUCCUAAACGAACUUGUAGACUUUUUUGUGAUAACAGGGCAUUCAUAAAAAUUUCUGACAAUCCAGUUUAA